AUGCCUAGAGAAUUGGUUACAUUACAGAUUGGACAAUGUGGGAAUCAGAUUGGUAUGGAGUUUUGGAAACAACUAUGUACUGAACAUGGCCUGGAUGUUAAUGGUACAGUAAUCAAAGACAAUGGCCCACUAGAAGAUAGAAAAGAUGUUUUUUUCUAUCUUUCGGAUGAUAGCCACUAUGUUCCCCGUGCCUUGCUGUUUGAUUUGGAGCCGAGAGUACUGAAUAGUAUCAAGUCAAGCGAAUUCAAACACCUUUACAACCCUGAAAAUUUUUUUAUUGGAAAAGAGGGCGGUGGAGCUGGAAAUAACUGGGGUUGUGGUUAUGACACAGGAGAGGAAGUUUAUGAUGAAAUAUUGGAUAUGAUUGAUAGGGAAGUGGAGGGUUGCGAAAGUAUGGAAGGAUUUGUUCUUUGCCACUCUAUUGCUGGAGGUACCGGCAGUGGGAUGGGAUCGUAUAUUCUGGAACUAUUAAACGAGCAUUACCCAAGGAAACUAAUUAAAACAUUUUCAGUUUUUCCGAUGUUAAAUAAUGAGAGUUCUGAUGUAGUAGUUCAGCCAUAUAACUCCGUGUUGACCCUGAAGAGAUUGGCUUUGAACGCAGAUUGUGUUGUAGUGCUUGAUAAUACUGCUUUAAGUGGGAUAGCUGAAGAUCGGUUAAAUCUGACCAACCCAACAUUUGCUCAGACUAAUGCUUUGGUAAGUACGGUAAUGGCCGCUUCAACCACGACACUUAGGUACCCAGGAUACAUGCACAACAAUUUGGUCUCAUUAGUUUCUACUUUAGUUCCAACCCCAAGAUGCCAUUUUCUGGUUACAUCAUAUACUCCUAUUUCAAUUAGUCAAAACAUCCAGCAGAACGUUAGAAAAACAACAACUCUAGAUGUUAUGAGGCGACUUUUACAACCUAGUAAUAUUAUGGUAAGCACGAAUAUGAGAAAGGGAACCUAUAUAUCAAUUUUGAACAUUAUUAGAGGAGAGACCGAUCCAAUGGAAGUACACAAGAGUUUACAGAGAAUAAGAGAUAGGAAUAUGGUAAGAUUUAUUCAAUGGGGACCUGCAGCAAUUCAAGUAGCUCUUUCAAAGUAUAAUCCGUAUAGUAGUCAACAUAAGGUGAAUGGAUUAAUGAUGGCCAAUAAUACUGCAAUAGCUGGUUUAUUUCAGAGAUGUGUGGCUCAGUUUGAUAGGUUAAUGAAAAGAGGGGCCUUUCUUGAUAACUAUAAGAAACAAUCAGUGUUUCAGGAUGGUCUUGAUGAAUUUGAAAAUGCAAGAGAAGUAACUGAAAUGUUAAUUGAGGAAUAUAAACGAGCAGAGAGGAAUGAUUACAUGCUUGCAGGUUAUAAUCCAGAAUCCGCUUCAAAAAACUUACUAUUGGAAGGUUCAGAAAAGCGAGAACCUUCAUUAAAUGAAUAUUCUGACGACUUAUCUAAUUAUUACACUAAGGAGAAUAACCCUAAUUACAACAUUUAUGGCUAA